AAUUUAUGAGUUAACUUCUUUGUUUUAAACUGAGUCAACUGCAGUAGUGUCAACAUUCCUCUCGUCACAAGGUUUCAUGUAGAGCGCGGGCCGCGGACGAGCAGACAGUUGAUGGUAGAUGGUGGCAUGACGUGCGGGCAGGAGUGAGGGGCGAGUGACCGGUGGCGGGCACGGGCACUCAGUCGCGGCUCGUUCACCGCCCGCGCGCUAUGUCGCCCGCUGCCCCGUCGGCUCGCAAUGCGCUACCUUCAACUACUGAACACCGCAUAAUCUUAUCCAACAUCGCCAUUGGGCGAUAACUUAUCAUGUGCUAUUAUGACGCAGCCUUACAUUUUAAAAUUCUCGCGUGAUAAGAGACUCUGUGGUGAUUAAAAUUUUACUGUGAACGGGUGUAGAAUGUGCGCGCAUUGACGUUCUCGCUGAAGAAAAACUUGUUACCGUUAUUUAGUGCUCUCCGAUAGCGAUGUCGUUGUUUAAGAAGAAGGCUCCGAAGUACUCGGCCCCGCCGGUGCCGCCGCCUCCGGUCGAGGACGUGCACCACCAGAGCAACGGUGUGGACAACAACAACGGCUCGCAGAAGUCGCAGCUGGUGUUCCACUGCCAGCAGGCGCACGGCAGCCCGCUUGGACUCAUCUCCGGAUUCUCCAACGUCAAGGAACUCUACCAGAAGAUCGCAGAAUGCUACGAUUUUCCACCCGACGAUAUUUUGUUUUGCACGCUGAACACCCACAAAGUGGAUAUGAAAAAGCUUCUUGGUGGACAAAUAGGAUUAGAAGACUUCAUAUUUGCACAUAGAAAAGGACGUCCAAAGGAAAUAGAAAUCGUUAAGACAGAGGAUGCUCUUGGAUUGACAAUCACAGACAAUGGCGCGGGAUAUGCGUUCAUAAAGAGGAUAAAAGAAGGCUCUAUAGUUGCGAGAAUACCGCACAUCGAAGUCGGUGAUCACAUCGAGAAACUAGACGGAGAGAACAUGGUUGGGAAGAGACAUUACGAAGUUGCGAAAAUUUUGAAAGAAAUUCCCAAAGGGACGACGUUUACAAUUCGGCUCGUGGAACCUUUAAAGAGUGGAUUUGCAAGUAUUGGCCCAAAAACAAGUAGUGCAAGAUCCGGUAGAAAACAAAAUUACGGCUCAGGAAAAGAAACUUUAAGAUUCAAAGCUAACGGUCAAGCAACUAUAGAAAAUGAGCAUGACGAGAAAUCCAAAGCCGGUAUUGAGAAAAUCAACAGUCUUCUGGAGUCGUUUAUGGGGAUCAAUGACUCGGAACUGGCGACGCAGAUGUGGGACCUCGCUGAUGGCAAGACCAAUUCGAUGCAACUCGCUGACGCCAUCGACAAUAGCGAUCUUCAAGAGUUUGGCUUUACAGACGAAUUCAUCAUCGAACUGUGGGGAGUAAUCACUGACGCCAGAUCUGGUAGACUGAGCUAGAGACACAAAGCAUUUUUUUUAUAAAUAGCAAGUGCGUAGGUACAGCCACAGUCCUAAAGUCAAAACUUCAAUAACAAAAGCGACCUGUAAUCGAAAGCUAUAGUAGGUGGAUCCUUGAACACGUCGAUUUCAUUACUUUGAAUGAAAAUAAUAUCCUAAAACCUUUUGUAUUUUUGCAAAUAUCCAGUUAGAACUUACGUCCUAUUUCGCCAACUUAAUUUUGCGUUCACGUUAGAGGUUUAGUUAUUUGUAAGUCAUAACUUACUACUCUGUAAAAGAUCAAAAGAAAAUGUAUUCCACCCGAGAGACAAUUUCAUCGUAGGUACUCUACAAGUUAUAUAACCAAUACCAAUGUUUUAUAAUUAUUGAAACAUGAUUAUGUUUAGAUUUUUAAUGUUAUACAAAACUGUUGAAUUCAGUAAUCGAUUCCAUUUUUGUUGUGGGAGUUUAGGCUUUAAAUUAUCAGGCUAGUAGUAUCAUAGCAAUAAUAAGGUGAAUAUUUUGCCAUUCGUUUGUUUUAGUGGUAGUUAAAUAGCUGCCAAUUGCGAUAUUUGCUGUUUAUGGCGUAUAAUAAAUUGUGUAAGUAAUUUUGUCCUCAUGAGUAUAUUUUUGUGUAUUCGUAAUUUGUGUCUGUAUUUUGUUAUGGCAUGUAUAAUUAUAUAGACAGAAGUAAGUAGGUAAUUUAGAGUGUCCAUAAUUUUCCAUUGUUUCUUAUUAAUUUGAAUCAAAAUGAGAGACUAAAGGCGUUAUCUCAUUCGUAAAUCUGUUUUAUUGGUAUUAGAAUACAUAUUACGAUGUUUUAUUGACACUUUAAAAUGUGGACAUUCAGGAGAUAGUCGCCAGUUUCAAAGAUAUUUCUGGACCUUUAAAAAAUUUACGAGAUUUAUGUGAAUUAAAAUUAAUGAGAAACUACAAACUUCGGAAGAACACUCUUUAGCUGCUGUGUCAAAACAAAACUCAGUAGACAAUGCAGAAAUAUACAUCUCGAAGUUAAUUUGGAAGCAAAGUAAAUGUGAUAUCGUGAAUACAAAUAUUUUGAAACUUAUAGUGCAAAAUGCACAAGGUGCUUACAAUAGAAUAUACAUUAUUUCCUUAUUAUUAUAAAAUUGAAAUUAUUAUGCUUAGAAUAAAUAUAUCAUUAUAUAAUAUACAUAUUAUUAAAUUACAUAAUAUAUAUUCUAAAGAUGACGGUACAAAUAUUUGAGAUAUUGUCAAUUACAUAUUCCUAUCAAGUCUUCAUUUUAGGUAGGUAUGUAUUUAUUUACUAAGUUAUUUUUGCACUAGUUUUCAUUUUAUAAAUAUAGUUUAUAAAGCUUUUGUUUAUAAUGUACAGUCAUUAUUAGAAGCUUAUAUCACUUUAAAUAGGAAUUAUCUGUUAGGCUAUUUAAUUUUAAGGAAAAUAAUUAAAUAAAAUAUUUUCUGUAUUAA